AUGCUUAAUAACCAUCCACUGGAGCUAGACACCAUUCCAACACCAACGAAUCAAUUUCAUUUAAAAGCUGUUGUUUAUGUUCUUGUAAUCAUUUUUGGUUUGGGUACAUGGACAAACUUAGCUGGCCUGUGGAUUGAAUUACCGAUUAUCGUUCCAAUUUUACCGGAAUCAUGGCAAUUGCCAGCAAUAUUGACCUUAAUUAUUAGUGCAGCUAAUGUUUUUCCAAUUAUUUUUGUUUUCGCUUCAAUUAUUUUUAAACUAAACACUUCAACAUUUGAGAUUCCCGUCAAUUAUACUCUUUUACUCAGUAGUAUUAUAUUGGCUACUGCAUUUGCCUACUUAUGGAAUAAAACAGAUUAUCUGUUUGGCACAGAACAAAGCAUUUAUUUAAUGUGUCUAUGUUUUUUCUCAGCUGUAGGCGAUUGUUUGUCGUCAACAACAUUUAUUCCAUUUUUACACCGAUAUGAACCAUUUUAUUUGAAUGCAUAUUUUACUGGUGAAGCACUAACUGCUCUUCUUCCAGCAUUGCUAGGUAUUAUUCAAGGUAUUGGAAAAUCAGAAUGUACAAUGUCGAAUAGUACAAUAAAUGGAACAUUCAUUCAAAUUGAUCGCUUACCUCGAUUUUCCGUUCGAACUUAUUUUUUAAUAUUGAGCUCAUUACCGUUCGCUGCAUUUCUUGCAUUUUCAGGUCUUUAUCUGAUGGAAACAGGUCGCAUGGAAAAGAAAAUAUCGAUAAAAACAUCCAAACAUCAUCAAUCUCGUGUAUUUAUUCUAAUGGACAAUAAUAUAGAAGAUAUUCAUGUUAUUCAAAAUACGAUUAAAACUAUAAAUAAAAUUGAAAAUCAACUAGAAAAUAACAAAAAGAAAAAUCAACGGACAACAUUUAUGACACCUGAAACAGCACUAUAUUUAUUUGUUAUUUUUCAACAAAGUAUGAUGUUAUAUGGAAUGUGUCCAGGUUUAACAACAUUUUCAUUAGAUGCUUACAGUGGAGCAACAUUCCAUUAUACAAUUAUAGCAAAUUCAUUUGCUUAUCCAUUAAUAACAUUAGUUGGUACAUUUAUUCCAGAAGUAUCGUCAAAAAUUGUCUGUGUUUUUUUAAUAACUCAUAUUGGACUAUUCGUAUAUAUUUUUCUAACAGCGAAAAUGUCACCUUGUCCUCCGUUAGUGAAUUCAAUACUGGGUCCCGUGAUUAUCUUUUUUGUGUGGAAUCUCAUUUACUUAAUCGGCUCUUAUAUACGUUUUUUAAUGGGAAAUUAUUUUAGAAAGGCGAAAGAUCAUCGUGGUCUCGUAUGGUUUAGUUUAGCAACGCAAACAGGUGCAUUGUUCGGCUCAUUGGUUAUAUUUAUUCUUACAGUUAAUGUUCAAUUAUUCAAAGAACGAAAUAUUUGUGAUAAAACAUCACAAUGCUUUUAA